CAGUCUGUGGCAUAGGAUACUCAAACCUGCAUCAUCCCUUUGCCGUUUUAGAAUGACAGAUGUUACUAUUCCUAGUUAACACGAAGCUUAAUUUAAGAUAAUUUCGUAGUCGGUCAUUUUGGAAAGCGGUUUAAUAUGGAAAGAGGUUGUUGAUAAAAUGGAUACUUGCUCUACUGCCGAUGAGAGCGCCGAUGUUACAGUCAUGGAUUCGCCAAGAGCUGAAAGACCUGCACAGGAGACAAUACAAAGAAAUCAAGACUCAUCAGACCAGGCAACAUUCUUCCAGUCUUCAGCUGUCCAAUUUUGUGAGAUCCCGGAGGUAUCGCUGUGUUCCCCUGACAACGUGUUCCCAGAAGCCCAGGCGACUCUGAUCCAAACCGAACAGGACUUGUCGGACAGCAGCAGCCUCCCCCGGCCUCUCUCAUCCGCGUCCUCCCAGCUCUACCACCAAGUCCCCCAGGGCUGCCGUUCACCGCAGCCCAGACGGUGUCACUGCUGUGGCCACGGCAAGCCGGUCCGCGGGGCCGCCUGUGCGGAGCCGCACCCAGCGACCGGUGGUCCUGCGCACGCUGAAUGUUCGGCGGGCAUGACCGGCGGCGGCCGCAGCCCCUCCCACGUCUCCUCCUGUCGCAACGCUGUCCGCUGCCAUUGGCUGCACGGGUCCCACGACGGCGUCGGCCCCCAUGAGUCCAAACGACACUGCAUGCUCGCAGUCAGUUACUCCCAGGUGGUGAUGGAGUAUCCUCUGGCCGUGCUCGUUGGGUGUGCUGCAGUUCUCCUGGGAUGUUCCCUAGCCGGCCUUUUCAUUGGUCCUCUGCCAGAUUUCUCCGACCCACUGAUGGGAUUCGAGCCUCGUGGAACAUACAUCGGAGUACGCCAGUCUGCCCUGGCCAAGCUUCGGCAGAACACGGGGCCUGGAAAAACACUGUCCCUGUUACCGCAAAAGCAGCUCAAAGACGAGACAGCUGGGAGAGAUGGCGUUGGAGGGAACGCCGGAGGGACCAAGGAUCGGUCAUCCAGACUACGCCCCAGACGGAUGCUGGACAGAGUCUCGGCGCAGGGCGCAUUUCUCUGUGACGCUCCAGGAGAACGCUAUGCCCAGCUGGUCUUCCGCUCUGGAAACUCAGCCAGUCUUUGGAGCCUGAAGGCAAUCUACUCCAUGUGUGAGAUGGAGCAGGCCAGGAUACGUUCCCAACCGCCCUUCCAAGAUCUCUGCAAGCAACACGUCCGACUGGAAGUGGACGGCGGCAUGAUCACAGGAAGAUGCUGUCCAAGUUGGUCACUGGGAAACUACCUGGCACUUCUCAGCAACGCCUCGUCCUGUCUCAGCCUGACCUCUUCGCAGGUGUCCGAGAGCCUGAGCCUGCUCCGCUACUGUGCCCCGUACUAUCACGACGGAAGCCUGGUGGCCUAUUGCGCGGAGAGGGGGAAGCAGGGCAACUGUGCGUCUGUGCCCAAUCGAUGCAAACACACGCGAGCUGUGUUCGAGAUCUUGCAUUACCUGGUCGAUAAGGACUUCCUGGGCCCACACACGGUGGAGUAUCAGGUCCCUUCGCUGAAGUACAGCCUCCUGUUCCUACCGGUGGAAAAGGGAGAUCACUUGAUGGAGAUAUACAUGAGCAGCCUUGAAGGUCGUGAGCUUACGUAUAAGAACACUACCAUUACAGGAAUGGACCUUGGCAUAAAGCAAAAGCUAUUCAAGUAUUACCUGGCUAGGGACGCUGUCUAUCCAGUUCUGGCCGUAGUGUCGCUGUUGGUCACCAUGGCUCUUUAUUUGCGGUCACUCUACCUAUCAGCUCUGUCUUUAGUGGCAAUUGUGGGUUCGCUCUUGACAUCCUAUUUCUUCUACAAAGUAGUUUUCCAGCUGUCAUUCUUCCCUUUCCUCAACUUAGCUUCAGCUCUCAUCCUGUUUGGUAGUUGCUCCAACCAGGUCUUCACUUUCAUUGACUUCUGGAACCUCCAGCUGUCCCAGAAUCCACCUGCUUCUCUCCCGAAGAGAGUCAACAGAGUUCUCCAAGAGGUCGGAUAUUUGAUACUGGCCUCAGGCCUUACUUCAAGUGCCACAUUCUUCUCGGGGUACCUGAGUAGCAUUAUGGCAGUAAGAUGUUUCGCGGUGUACCUGGGAACGGCUACCUUAAUCUGUACGUUUUCUGCCCUUGCGUGGCUUCCCAGCUCUCUUAUUUUGCGUGAGCGCUAUACUGUGGCUGCCUCAACCUCUGUUACUGCACAGGCCUGGAAGCCUUGCUGCACGAAAAGUCCUGCUGGUUUCUGGGACACAAGCUCGCGAAAGCGCUGCCUCUUCAGCUUGGGUCAGAAGCUACGAGAGUUAAAACGGGGACUUUCCGACACCUCCAAUUUACUUUUUUUGAAAGUCCUCCCUUGUGGAGUGGUCAAGUUCAGAUACAUUUGGGUCUGCUGGUUUGCGGUAUUGGCUGCAGGAGGAACGUACAUCUCAGUUGUAGACCCUGGUAUGAGAUUACCCACUUUAGACAACAGGGCAACUCAGUUAUUCCGUUCCAGCCAUCCUUUUGAAAGAUAUGAUGCUGAAUAUCGCCACCAGUUUAUGUUUGAACGGCUGGUGAAUGGGGAAGACAAGCUUAUCACUUUAACCCUUGUUUGGGGAGUCAUACCAAUCGAUAAUGGCAAUCACUUUGAUCCAAAAAGCAAUGGAUCGUUAGUGAUGGAUCCAGAUUUCAACAUGAGUAGCCCCGAUGCUCAGGUUUGGUUGAGAGACUUGUGUGGAAGAGUUCAAAACCAAAGCUUCUAUUUACCGUCGUCAUCAUCAUCUGAAAACGAAGGUGCAACAGACAAUGUCUGCAUUGUCGAGCAACUCAUACGCUGGGUGUCUAUUCGCCGUUGCUCGGAGAGCGAGGACGCCUUUCAGUUUUGCUGCAACGAUAUUCCUUUUCCAUACCCAGCAGGCGUUUUUGAACAGUGCCUGAGCAUGAUGGUGGCUGAGCAGCAUGCAGAGGGUUACUUGUCCCAUGUUGGGGGACUGUAUUUUGAAGCAGACGAUCGAAUAGCAGCCCUGGUAAUGGUGUUCAGGACUACGUAUCGCUAUAGUUACAACUUUAGUCACACCACCCGUUUUUAUAAUGAUAUUCUGUCAUGGUUCAACAGAGAGAUUUCUGGGGCACCACAAGGACUAAAAAAGGGAUGGUUUGCCAGCCAGUUGACACUCUUCGACUUGCAGCAAUGCCUAAGCUCAGAAACCCUUGUUGUUACCGGGUUCUCCGUGGCCCUGACUUUUGCCUUGCUCCUUCUGACCACAUGGAACAUUCCGCUGAGCAUCUACGGCACCGCUGCCGUUGGAGGGAGUGUUUUCGUCACCGUCGGUCUUCUUGUUCUCCUGGAAUGGCAGCUCAGUGGUGUGGAGGCACUCUUCAUAUCAGCCGCUGCCGGGCUGUCGGUUGACUUUUUAACCAACUACUGCAUAGCAUAUAAUUCCGCGCCGCACACUGAUAGGAUCGGAAGAGUCGCGCAUUCUCUGAAAAGAAUGGGCUGCCCUGUGGCAAUAGGAUCCGGGGCCUUCUGUUGCGUGGGGAUCAUCAUGCUUCCUACGACAGCCUUGUUGUUCAGAAAGCUCGGGAUUUUCUUGUUUCUUGUGAAAUGUGUGGCGUGUGGGUUUGCCACAUUCUUUUUCCAGUCUCUGUGCUGCUUUUUUGGUCCUCAAAGAAACUGCGGGAAGAUAAUGUCACCGCGCUCAUCUGAACAGGGGGCUGAUGGCCUGCCCUCCUGCUCAGCAACAGACCCCAGGACAUCGACCUCGGCAGCCAACGGGGCUUUCGGGAGAUCGCGAGUUCGAAGAAAUUUCAGUAAAGACGAGGGUAAUUAUCUUUACCCGAACCAGCAGCGCCAAAGACAGCGACCGGGCGGGAAGGAGCCAGAGCAGUAUGAGCUUCAGCCACUGGCCUGUCAACUGAAUGACAGCUUCGAAAAUAGCACAUGCACCAGCAAGCUAUCCAACAGGCCCUCAGUUCUCUCAGAUGACAUUCAGUUUGUUGGGCUGAGUCCCAGGAGGGACCUGGAGAGAAGCAACACUGUGGCAGAUAGUAAAGAGGUCUGCGGUAGACACCACAAAGGCUGUGCACCACCCCCGGCAUUGCAGACCUCUUCCCCCUACCGAGAGAACCCCCUUGCAGUUGCCCCACUAGGUGACAGGGCUAAGGAAAAGCUAUUGUGCAAAACUUGCAGAGGACAGUCCGCCGGCGUCAAGCACUGGAACGUAUCGCUGUCCUCCACCUCGAGUAUGGAGGAGACCGUCAUUAGUCAGACCAUCGAAACGAUAUACCUGCCAUCCCACUCAAAGGAUGAGGCUCCAAACAGUCCCUUCGAGUGUCAACCCCAGAAACACCUGGUGUCACCUCAGAGUUCGUUCGAGGGGCUGGAGGAUUCCAAUGAGACUUGCCUGAGUGACAUUGAACCCGGUCCCUCAAACCUACAACCUUCUUUCGAAGCAGAGGGGAACCUGGAACCGCAACCAGGACAUCUCAACGGAAAGAGGGACACCCUGCGUCUCUCUCUGAGGGAGAUAAUGUAUGAGACCGCCUCUCCGGGGUGUGGGAGGGGUCUCACUAGCCAGAGCGAAGGACCGGUCAUGUUGCCAAACAGCAAACCAGACUUGCCUGAUGUGUGGAUCAAAAGAGAUGGGCCAAGGGAGGAUGCAACCUGAAUGAGAUUGCAAAAGACUCAUUCAAACCAAGCAAGCUGGAGUGUUCGGUUCAGGUUUAUUAGUGUAAUGACAAACUAUCUGGUAAAGGAUACUGGAAGACUAAUCAGGUCUAGUUAGGCACAUGUUGCUACCUGUGGAAUGCUGAGAAGAUCAAGAUUCUUCGUAACGGAUUUGAAAACUCACAGCUGGUCAAAAACUGGAAAUUUGAUUAUCACUGGGCUUUUUGUCUACAACCGAACCACCCCAGUUCUAUAUCCAUCACUCGGAAAGAAUUCUUGGAAAUUAAUGUUAAGUUGAAUACUUUCAACAUGGAUGAGAUUUGCUUGUGCCUAUCUAUUCCUUACUAGAGGCAAUCACCACCAAAACAAAGGGCACACCUCAGUUUAUCUAGAAACAAUACAAAGUGAUGCAAGUCAAAUCACUAAAAGUAGAAACUUAAGUGUUAUAACAUACAUUUUGUAACCAUUCCAUUGUUGGCACAUACUACCAUGCUUCUGUUCAAAAUCUAUGCCAAGAAGAGUAACAUUAAUCAGUGACUUAUGAGAGUACUGUGUAAUUUAUUUAAGGGACCUGAUUGGCACAUUUGCAUACAGUCCAGUUGUUAAGAGGUAUAAUAGAGCCUUGCUCUUUGAUAAUGAAAAUUAGGUGGAUUUUACCAGCCUGCUAAGUUGUACAUAACCUACAGCACUGUGCCAAUAAAUUACAUUCGGCAUCAUAUGAAAAGUAAUACAAUCUCCACUAAGGCUUGCCUUGGUAUUCAAUAAUGUAUCACAUCAGCAGAGCAGACAUCCUUUACAACAGCUGGAAUAUCAGCUGAAAUAUGUAGGUUCUCCUACAUCAGCAGUAUUUGGAUAUUGGUGUAGAAUGCGCAGCAUGUGCCAAGGUUUUUUUGCAACAGUCCUUUUUCCAUGAUGAAAAUGUAAAUAUGUACGUGUUUUGUGUAAGAGGAGUCUCAUUUAAAUUUGUGGGGGAAAAGUGUUUCAGAGAUGUGUUUUUGGUCAAAGUUGUGGUGUGUUCAAAACAACCCAGAAUAAUAGGUGUCCCUUGGUCUUCAAAGAAUUGACCAAAAUUGUCAGAUGUGCCUAUAUGCCUUGGAAUUUAUCACCUGAAAGGGUUUCCUUUUGACAAAUGAUUUGUCUUGGAUGAAGUUUUUAAAUAACCUACUUUGAUUUUUAAGAGCAGAGAAGUGAAAUGUUAAGUUUUGAAGCUGAAAUAAUUAAGUUGGUGAUUUUUGCUUUCAGAUGGUAAAGUCAUAAAUAAAGUGUAUUUUCCUGCAGAAAGGGUUAUUUUAUUCAAUGUCACAGAUACAAUUUCACUGUCAAACAUUUUUUAUUAAAAUGUAAUGUAUCUUCUGUUAUAGACACUGUUCAAAAACCCUAGGAAACAAAUCUCCUUGGCUGUUUAAAUAAAAACUGACAAUCCAA